AUGCUUUAUACGCAUGCCACCAUCAUCACGGUCGAUGGCACUCGUCGCAUCAUUGAUGACGGUGCUAUCUAUGUGAAGAAUGAUACCAUCGCGGAUAUUGGCAAGACUGCCGUGCUCAAGGAGCGCUACUCGGCCGAUGAGGAACUUGACCUUUCGGGUCGUAUCAUUAUUCCCGGUUUGAUCUCGACUCAUAUGCAUACUGCGCAGACCUUGCUGCGUGGUACUGCAGAUGACCUCGAGCUUGUUUCGUGGCUCUGUGAGCGCAUCUGGGUGCUUCAGGGCAAUUUCACCGAGGCAGAUGGAUAUGCGGCUGCUAGACUGAGUAUCGGCGAGAUGCUGAAAUCCGGGACUACUUGUUUCCUAGAGAGUAUGUUCGCUGAUCGGUAUGGCUUUGACGGUCUUGCGCGCGCGGUUGACGAAUCUGGUAUUCGUGGCUGCUUGGGUAAAAUUGUCAUGGACAUUGCCAAGUACGCCAAAGACGAUGCUUGGGCAAUGCACCCCGGUCUGGUGGAGAAUCGCGAGACCUCACUACUUGGUACGCUCAAGAUGUGGGAGAAAUGGAAUGGAGCUGCGAAUGACCGUAUCCGAGUUUGGUUCGGGGCUAGGACUCCCGGGGGUGUUUCCGAUGGCCUCUACAAGGAAAUGACGGCUCUUUCCCGAGAGAAGGGAAUCCCUGUCACCAUGCACUGCGCCGAGGUCAAAGCUGACCGAGAGUUCUUCUCUUCCGUGUCGCACACGCCGAUGUCUUACUGCGACUCGGUCGGUCUGCUUAGUCCAAGCACUGUUCUCGUGCACAUGGUCCACUUGGAUGACUCCGAUAUCAAGCUACUCUCCGGCUCGGGAACUCACGUCGCUCAUUGCCCGACUUCCAACGCCAAGCUGGCUUCGGGAAUUUGCCGCGUCCCCGAUCUACAGCAGGCGGGUGUGAACAUUGGUCUUGGAACCGAUGGUGCGCCUUGCAACAAUACCUGUGAUCUACUACAGGAGAUGAAGCUGGCUGCCAUUAUUCACAAGAGCAUAUCUUAUGAUCCAACUGCUGUGCCUGCUGAGUCGGUUCUGGAGAUGGCGACCAUUAAUGGUGCCAAAGCUCUGGGACUUGAUGACAAGAUUGGCAGUCUGGAGGUCGGAAAGAAAGCAGAUUUUGUGGCAAUUGAUGUUCGUGGUAUUCACACUCAGCCAUGGCACAACGCUGCUAGUGCAGUGGUUUACACUGCUACCGGGCGCGAUGUUGAUGUUGUCGUGGUUGAUGGUAAAAUACUUGUCCAGAACGGCAAGUUGCUUACCAUGAAUGAGGAUGAGAUUGUGGAAGAGGCAAAGAAACGCAGCCGCGAGGUGGUCGAAAGGGCUGGUUUGUCUCGCAACAUGAAAGGCCGCUGGCCGGUCGAAUAG